AUGGAGCGGAACGAGCCGUCUGCGUGGGAGAAGACGCGAACGGCGCAGGUCGUGCCGCCCGCAGAGCGGGCCAUGGACGACGAUAGUCCGGCGGAGAUCGAAGGAGUCCUCGCCCAGCUCCUCCAAGGACAAGACGUAUUGGACAGGGGAGUCGAGAAUCCGAGGAGUGGAGCGGACGGGACUGACGAUGCUGAGCCCGAUGACAGAGCCAAAACGAUCAACGAGAUCACCUCUUCCGGCAUGUUUGCAUUGGACGGACCGCCGGAAGUGUCGGACGCAGAAAGCUCCGCUUUGCGUGCAAUGCCGUGGGUGGCGAUGGGGCCGAGAACGACCGCAAGGCCGAGGGCAUGGAUAAGGUCGGCGGAGGCGGGUCAAGAAGGCACGGAUGUCCGCGAGCCAUACAUCCACGUUUGUCGCGGAGACGAAUUCGCCGACUCGCUCGACGCCUCGUUCUUCGCCAAGACCUUUCCCACCCUACUGCCGUUCGGAUUUGGAGGACCACGGCUCGCGGAGGAAGUCAUCUUAGGACCCGAGGGCCGGUCAAUUGGCGGCCUUCGGACCUGGGCCGGCAUUGUGCUGCGGCGCCAUGGUGGCCGAUUCGCGACGCAUACCAUCUUCUCGUUUCUCGUUUUCAAUAUGGAUGUGCGGUCGAAGAAUCGUCGGGUCAGCAUGCUCAGCGCGACGCGGAAGAACUUCGCCGAGGUGGAGCGCAUCGUACGGUCGCUGACAGCGGAUAGGUUAGCGGCCGCCAGGGCGGAGCUGGAGACGUCGGGCAAGACUACCGACGAUGGCGUCAAGGAGCUUCUAAGAUGCCUUUCGCUGUACGGCUAUCGGCAGCCCAUGUCGAGGGAGCUCCGUCUGAGCAUGCGGCGCAAGAUCCAGUCACUCAUCUUAUGUCGUGGCGUGCCUGCAAUCUGGUUCACGCUCAACCCGAACGACAUCACGAACCCGGUGAAGCUGAGACUGGCGGCAUACCGCACACGUGAUCCCGCAGCGGCCGAGGCAUUCCUGCAAGGCCUCGACAAGGCGUUCAAACGUGCGCGGCUGGCCAUCUCGGACCCGUUAAGCUCGGCCGAAUUCUUCCACCGAGAAAUGACGUUGUUCUUCGAACAUUACGUGAGAGUGGGCGAGGAGUCGGUGUUCGGGCGCAUCAGCCACUAUUACGGUGCCGUCGAGACCAACGAGCGUGGAGCGCUCCAUGUUCACGGACUGCUCUGGCUGCAGGGCAACGUGCAUCUAAGCUCGAUGCUUGCCGAUAUCGACGGCGAGGAUCAAGCGGCAUACCGAGAACGCAUCGUCAGAUACGUCGACAGUGUCUUUUCCGAGGAUCUGGACCAGGAAGGCUUCUGCGCAAUGCAGGCCGAGCGAUCGGUGACGUCAGAUAUAUCGCAAUUUCUGGGCGACGAACGGCAAUUUUCAGCCUCGUUCGACGAGGAAGCGAACUUCUGUGCCGGCGCGACGCAGAUCCAUACCCACAGCCCGACCUGCGUCAAGUACUCGCUGGGCAAAGGGGGGCGCAAGGGCGAUUUAUGUCGUUUCAAGGCGCCGUGGGGACUGGUCGACGAGACGGCCUUCACGGGAGACGGCGUGCUGCGGAUUCGGAGGUCGCACAGCAUGGUGAAUCGGUGGAACAAGGCCAUUGCCGUGGGCUUCGCCACAACCAUGACAUAUCUUUCAUCGCCACACAGCGUGGAGGACCCUGUAUGGAAGCGCGUCGCCGCCGCCGCGGAUCUCUUGCCUCCCAGGGCAGGUGACGGAAUGGCCGACGGCGCGGAGGUUCGUGGAGACAGUGGUGCCGGUGACGAUGGCAGGCAGAAUAAGACACGGCAGUUCCUGAUGAAGGUGGCGAAUCGCGUGUUUACGGAGAGGCCGUUAUCUGCUUGGGCGUUCCUGAACGUAUCGUUGCUCUACUGGCAAGUCUUCCGACAAUGGCCGCACCUUCGACGAGAAGCGGCGCAGCCGUUGCAGAUGGCUCUGUGGACGAGUCAAUACUCGUCGAAGAAGCAGGCCAGAGGAUUUGCCGUGUCGAGGCAUACCGUCAUCGGGGACGUCCUUCGAGGGCUGUGUCUCUACGACUACGUUUCGCUGGUCAGGCUGAAGCGCAACGAAAGGGACGAGGGGCCCGCCGGCUGGGGGGAGGUCCCGUUCGAGAGCGGCUGGGCUCCGGGAGGCCGUUGGGCGCAGGUGCUCAGGCGACCGGGCAAGCAGGCCACGGUCUGCCUCGACGGGUAUUUGAGCAAGGAUUUCGACGAAGACGACGAAGGGUCGUGCUACCGAAGAGCGGCUGUGCAGCAUCUUGCGCUGUUCGUGCCGUGGGAGUCUUUCUUAGACGAAGAAAGGGGCGACAUCAACUGCAUAUGGGGCGGCAACGAGCAGCCCUGGCCCCGAGGAUAUCAUGUUUCGUCGAUAACGUGCAGUUGCUGCGACGUACGUCCGGACGAGGACGGCACCGGGGAGGUGGGUGUCGAGCCCGGAUCGGGAUACCAGGCCGACAGUGCGGGCACGAAUCGCCUAAUCGACGUUGUCAGAAGCUCGAUCGGGCCGAACCAAAUCACGGCCGGCUCGCCGGAGCUCACGGCGAUGAUGCAGGAGCUCAGCCGAUUUCAGCAAUCGGCGCUGUCCUCUUCUUCCGAGGUCCAGGCCACAAUACUACCCGAACGGGGCCCAAGACGAAUCAACAUCCCGGGCGGGCAUUCUCCGGAGCCACCAUACCGCCGCAAACCUGUCCACGGCACCGGUGACUGGUCGCCGCGCGGCGAUGACGGCAGCGGAGCUCGAGGAAGGAGUAGCGGGGCCAGCGCGGGAAUGGAGAUCCGGUUCGGUGCCUCAACCUCCUUCCUCGAGGCGGGCAAGGCCCUGGCAGCGCGGCUCACGCUAAACAAGAAGCAGGCGAUCGCCUUCCUAAUUAUAUGCCGCCAGCUUGACCUGAUACGGCGCGGGGAGAAAAGCAACGUACGCCAGCUGUGCCAGUUCGUCGGUGGAGAGGGCGGAACGGGCAAGUCACGAGUCAUCGAGGCGCUCGUCGAGCUCUUCGCGUCCAGGAUCAAUCGAAUCGUCUGA